UUUUUUAACUAACCAGUGAAAGAGUCGGAAUUCUUUUCAACGACAUAUUUUCAAACAAAUGGGGCAGUUUCGGCUUCAACAACAGGUCAUGGCGCUGAAGCCGUAUCCAUGCACGUUAAUGUCUUUGGCCUCUUCUUCUCAUCUUCCUAAACUUUCCAGAAUUCGUUGUUUCCCCGCUUUUCAUACACUCAAUGAACCCAUCAAGGCUUAUCAUCUUCAUUCUCCGCGGGCCGUUAAACCUCGUUUGGUAUGCAGGAUGAAGGGCUCAGAUAUUAUUUCGGAUGUAGAACUCGGAAAGUCAGGGGAUAGACGAAAACCAGAGAAAAGCGUCAAUGGAGUGUUUUGGAUUGUACUUCUUAAUCUUGGAAUAUAUGUAGCUGAUCACUUGUUUCACGUUCAGGGUAUUCAGUCUUUAUAUUUAUACCAUAAUUGGCCUGCUUGGUACCAAUUUAUAACGUCAACGUUCUGUCAUGCUAACUGGAAGCAUCUUUCGAGCAACCUUUUCUUCUUGUACAUAUUUGGGAAACUUGUCGAAGAAGAGGAAGGAAAUUUCGGGUUGUGGCUUUCUUACAUUUUUACAGGAGCCGGAGCUAACAUCGUUUCAUGGUUGGUUUUACCAAGAAAUGCAAUUUCUGUUGGGGCGUCUGGUGCUGUUUUCGGUUUAUUUGCAAUCAGUGUCCUUGUAAAGAUGUCCUGGGACUGGAAAAAGAUCCUUGAAGUGCUUAUAUUGGGCCAAUUUGUAAUUGAGAGGGUGAUGGAAGCAGCCCAAGCUUCAACUGGCCUGACUGGAUCUUCCUAUGCCUUGCAAAGUGUUAAUCACAUUGCACAUCUUUCCGGUGCUCUUGUUGGUGUUCUUCUAGUAUGGCUUCUCGGCAAAGUUCCUUCUCAACCUCUUGAUACAGAUCUAUCAGAUUCUCUAAAAAAGAGAGGUUGAGUUUCUUAAGAAUUUAUAUAAUUAUGCUUCGAAUUGCGAGUUAACUCAUGAUGGAAUGGUGAUGAAACACCUGUACAUGAUUGCUUUGUUGAGAAUAAAAAAAAUGAAUGGUUCUGUGAAUUUUGAAUGCUUCCCAUAUGUAUAUAUUAUUAUGUUCCGAGAGAAAUAAAUCAAUCAGCAUUUCUUAA